AUCUGCUCUUCUUUUCUUCUCCCCCUGCAGCCGAAAGCCCCCGAGCCCGACAGCCUCCUCUUGAAAAACCAGUGAGAAAGCUUGGUUUUUCCCUUCUUUUCUUGUCCAAGAACAAGAUUUAGGAGCUUAGAAACCCUCCCUAAAGCAAGGAAUUCCAGAUCUGCUCUGCGUCUUCCUCCCUCUGCCGUCCGUGAGCUGCAGCUUGUGCGAAUUCUGGGCAUUUUUUUGGAAGCGAAACUGAGGACGGGGAAACCACGGGAAGUGACGAGUUAAAAGGCUAGUCAUUUCGAGAUUGAUAUAGAUUUUAGAAAUAAAUCAUGAUCUUGUAAACUAGAGUGUAUUUGGAGAUUUUAAGAUUUUAUCUAAUACCACAAAAUCUGAAGAUCGUGAGAGAGUCCCACAAAUGCACAAGGCGUGACAAACUAGACUCUCACGAGUGCACAGCGUUUGUCGCGUCUCGGAUUUGGGUUCUGGGGUGUGACAACAUGUAAGUCUAGCAAAGAAAAUUUUGCCACUGUAGCAUGUCUUUUACACAUUAGAUUGCUCCAUUCACUUUUUGUGGCGCCCACAUGAAAAAUUAUUUUCUCUUUCUAGUUUCAGGUUUGUUCCGCAAGGAACCCAGAAACUGGGUUCGUCAAGGAACCUCACGUAACCUAGGCUCUGUGUUCAUCGAGGAACCUAGAAUUGGUUCGUCAAGGGUUCCUCGCAAAACCCAGAACCUAGGAACUGGGUCCCUCAAGGAACCUAGCAUCGGGUUGGGUUCUUCACGGAACCCAGCACCAGGUUUUGUGAACCCAAAUCUGGGUUUUGUGAGGAACCAGGAUGAUGAAGAGGGAAACCCAGCAUCGGGUUCCAUAAGGAACCCAGAUCUGGGUUCCACGAGGACCAGGAUGAUAAAGAGGAAGAGGAUGGUGAAGAUGAUGAGAAGGAUGGUGAAGAUAAACGGUGAGAUGAUGAUGCCAAGGAUGAGGCUGAGGAUGAGGAGAAAGAAGAAGAUGACGAAAUGAAAGUUAAUUAACUUAAUUAUGUUUA